CAGCACUGCACGGUGGCUCCCAUGCAUGCUAUUAACACAUUGCAUGCUGCUGACUGCUAGCAUAUUCACAACAUGACAGUAUGCUGGCUAUUUCUGUAGCUUAGCAUCCUGCAAUGAGGACAACAUAACAAUUUACUUUCGUGUAAUAUUAUUAAUGUAGUAGAAGCAGCCAAAAUGGUGAAGGAGCAGUUCAGAGAGACAGAUGUGGCCAAAAAAAUAAGCCACAUCUGCUUCGGCAUGAAAUCUGCUGAGCAGAUGCGGCAGCAGGCCCACAUCCAGGUGGUCAGUAAAAAUCUCUACAGCCAGGACACCAAACACACUCCACUGGCCUAUGGAGUGUUGGACCACCGUAUGGGCACCAGUGAGAAAGACAGACCGUGCCUGACAUGUGGGAAGAAUCUGGCAGAUUGUUUAGGACAUUAUGGCUACCUGGAUCUUGAGCUGCCCUGUUUUCAUGUUGGUUAUUUCAAAGCCACGAUAGGAAUCUUACAGAUGAUUUGUAAGACAUGUUCAAGGAUAAUGCUGACGAAAGAAGAGAAGCUGCAGUUCAUGGAUUACUUGAAACGGCCUAACCUGGCCUAUCUCCAGAAACGUGGGCUGAAGAAGAAAAUCUCUGAUAAAUGCCGCAAAAGGACAGUCUGUCUAAAUUGUUCUGCUUUCAAUGGACCAGUCAAAAAGUGUGGCCUACUUAAGAUCAUCCAUGAGAAGUAUAAGACGACCAAGAAAGUGGUGGAUGCUUUUGUGUCAGAUUUCUUGCAGUCCUUUGAUAUUGCCAUUGAACACAACAAACUGGUUGAACCACUGCUGACCAGAGCACAGGAAAACCUGAAUCCUCUAGUCGUGCUGAACCUGUUCAGGAGGAUUCCUGAAGAGGACAUCCCUCUGCUGCUGAUGAACCCCGAAGCAGGGAAACCCGCAGACCUUAUCAUCACCCGUCUCCUCGUGCCUCCUCUUUGCAUCCGACCGUCUGUUGUCAGCGACCUUAAGUCUGGCACCAAUGAAGACGACCUCACUAUGAAGCUAACAGAGAUAAUCUUCCUUAAUGAUGUCAUUAAAAAGCAUCGUAUGACAGGAGCAAAAACCCAGAUGAUCAUGGAGGACUGGGACUUCCUCCAGCUGCAGUGUGCCCUUUACAUUAAUAGUGAACUUUCUGGUAUCCCCCUCAAUAUGGCACCUAAAAAAUGGACUAGGGGCUUUGUGCAGAGGCUCAAGGGAAAGCAAGGUCGAUUCAGAGGAAACCUUUCUGGCAAAAGAGUGGACUUCUCUGGCAGAACUGUCAUUUCUCCAGACCCAAACCUGAGAAUCGAUGAGGUGGCUGUCCCUGUGCAUGUGGCCAAAAUCCUGACAUACCCAGAGAGGGUAAACAAAGCCAAUCUGGAGCUAAUGAGGAAACUGGUCCGUAAUGGUCCUGAUGUUCACCCUGGAGCCAACUUCAUACAGAACAGACACACUCAGAUUAAAAGGUUUUUAAAAUAUGGAAACCGUGAAAAGAUUGCCCAGGAACUGAGGUUUGGUGAUUUGGUGGAAAGGCACCUAAUAGAUGGAGACAUCGUCCUCUUCAAUCGACAGCCUUCUCUGCACAAACUCAGCAUCAUGGCUCACAUUGCCAGGGUCAAACCUCACAGGACAUUUCGGUUUAAUGAGUGUGUGUGCACGCCAUACAACGCUGACUUUGACGGGGACGAAAUGAAUCUCCAUCUACCUCAAACUGAAGAAGCUAAAGCUGAGGCUCUUAUCCUCAUGGGGACCAAAGCUAAUCUUGUCACUCCAAGAAAUGGCGAACCCCUUAUUGCUGCUAUUCAGGACUUCCUGACAGGUGCUUACCUCUUGACGCUGAAGGACACCUUCUUUGACAGAUCAAAAGCCUGCCAAAUAGUAGCGUCAAUCCUUGUGGGUAAAGAUGAAAGAGUUAGGAUCUCUCUCCCUCGCCCGGCCAUAAUAAAGCCCAUGGCUCUGUGGACAGGAAAGCAAAUCUUCAGCCUAAUCCUGAAGCCGAGUAAGGAAUGUCCAGUCAAUGCCAACCUACGCACCAAGGGCAAACAGUACUGCGGCAAGGGAGAGGACCUUUGUCACAAUGAUUCGUUUGUGGUGAUUCACAACAGUGAGCUGAUGUGUGGUAGCAUGGAUAAGGGCACCUUGGGAUCUGGCUCGAAGAAUAACAUUUUCUACAUCCUGCUGAGGGACUGGGGACAGCUGGAGGCUGCCAACGCCAUGUCUCGCUUGGCAAGACUUGCUCCCGUGUAUCUCUCAAACAGGGGUUUCUCUAUUGGAAUCGGGGAUGUUACACCAGGCCAGGGCCUGCUGAAGGCUAAGCAGGACCUGUUGGAUGAUGGCUACAAGAAAUGUGACGAAUACAUUGAAGCUUUGGAUACGGGCAAGUUGCAGCAGCAGCCAGGCUGCACAGCAGAAGAAACCCUGGAGGCUCUCAUCUUGAAAGAGCUGUCUGUCAUCAGAGACCGAGCUGGUAGUGCCUGUCUAAGGGAGCUGGACAAGAGCAACAGCCCUCUAAUUAUGGCUCUCUGUGGGUCCAAAGGAUCCUUCAUUAAUAUAUCUCAGAUGAUUGCCUGUGUGGGCCAGCAGGCCAUAAGCGGCUCUCGGGUACCUGAUGGGUUUGAGAAUCGCUCCCUGCCUCACUUUGAAAAACACUCAAAACUGCCUGCUGCUAAAGGGUUCGUGGCCGACAGCUUCUAUUCUGGUUUGACGCCCACAGAGUUCUUCUUCCACACCAUGGCUGGUCGAGAGGGUCUGGUGGACACUGCGGUGAAAACUGCAGAGACUGGGUACAUGCAGAGGCGUCUGGUGAAGUCUCUGGAGGAUUUGUGCUCACAGUAUGACCUCACAGUACGCAGUUCAACAGGCGACAUCAUCCAGUUCAUUUAUGGUGGUGAUGGCCUGGACCCCGCUGCAAUGGAGGGGAAGGAUGAGCCACUGGAGUUUAAGAGAGUCCUGGACAACAUUCGGGCGGUCUACACGUGUCCAGAUGAACCUGCACUGAGUCAAAAUGAGCUGGUCCUCACUGCAGACGCUAUCAUGAAGAGAGCUGACUUCUUAUGCUGUAGAGACAGCUUCUUGGAGGAGAUAAAGAAAUUCAUUAAGAGCGUUUCAGAAAGGAUCAAGAAGACUAGAGACAAGUACGGCAUCAAUGACAAUGGGACUAGUGAGCCAAAGGUUCUUUAUCAGCUGGAUCGUGUAACUCCUACCCAGCUGGAGAAGUUUCUUGAAACCUGCAGAGACAAAUACAUGAGAGCUCAGAUGGAGCCAGGAUCAGCAGUUGGGGCCCUUUGUGCCCAGAGCAUUGGAGAGCCGGGUACUCAAAUGACACUAAAAACCUUUCACUUUGCCGGUGUUGCAUCAAUGAAUAUCACUCUAGGAGUGCCUCGCAUCAAAGAAAUCAUCAACGCCUCCAAGAACAUCAGCACUCCUAUAAUCACGGCUCAUUUGGAUGUGGAAGAUGAUGCUGACUUUGCCAGGCUGGUGAAGGGGAGAAUUGAGAAGACUCUUCUAGGAGAGAUUUCUGAGUACAUAGAAGAGGUUUUCCUUCCAGAUGACUGUUUCAUCUUGGUGAAGCUGUCACUGGAGAGAAUAAGACUGCUGCGACUGGAGGUAAAUGCAGAAACGGUGCGUUACUCCAUCUGCAUGUCUAAACUGCGAGUCAAACCUGCAGACAUCGCUGUACAUGGGGAGGCGGUGGUGUGCGUGUCUCCUCGAGAGAACAGCAAAAGCUCCAUGUACUAUGUGCUGCAGUCACUAAAAGGAGAACUUCCCAAGGUGGUGGUUCAAGGGAUACCGGAGGUUGCCAGAGCUGUCAUUCAUAUUGACGAACAGAGCAGCAAGAGUAAGUACAAACUCCUGGUGGAGGGCGACAACCUGAGAGCGGUUAUGGCGACACAUGGCGUGAACGGAAGUAGGACCACUUCAAACAAUACGUAUGAGGUCGAGAAGACCUUGGGCAUUGAGGCUGCUAGAUCCACAAUCAUAAACGAGAUUCAGUACACCAUGGUGAACCACGGAAUGAGCAUUGACCGACGUCACGUCAUGCUUCUUGCAGAUCUCAUGUCCUAUAAGGGUGAGAUCCUGGGAAUCACCAGGUUUGGUUUAGCAAAAAUGAAGGAGAGUGUCCUCAUGCUGGCUUCUUUUGAGAAGACAGCCGAUCAUCUCUUUGAUGCUGCCUAUUUUGGACAGAAGGACUCAGUUUGUGGUGUGUCUGAGUGUAUCAUCAUGGGGAUUCCAAUGAAUAUUGGAACGGGACUGUUUAAACUGCUGCACAAGGCUGACAGAGACCCGUCUCCAGUCAAAAGGCCUCUCCUCUUUGACAAUCCAGACUUCCAUUUACCUUUGAUCACAUAGCAUCAAAGGACAACACAGCAGGGAUGUUUCAAGGUUUUUUUUCAUAGCUAACAAAUAUUAUCUUCAACUAGUACAGAAGUGCCUGCCGAUGUGUCACAUCAUUUUCUGUUUGGGGAUUUAACAGAAAAUGGGAUUGUGUAUUUUUGUUGGUUGAUAAACUGUGAGAAGACUGAAUUUCAUUUUAAAAAACUAGCAGCGCUCCAGUUAGAAUUACUUAUUUAAGUUACAUUUUGGGUAACAGCAAAAAAAGCAAAAAUUUAAACACUUUAAAGUGAUAAUCUUGUGUUCCUGCACUGAUCACACUGUGAAAAACAUUGUUAUAAACAGGCGUCUCGCUAACAUGAGAAAGAUUACCUCUUAAUUAUGAAGCAGAAUGGAUUUCUUCUGUGCUGGUACUUAGUUUUGCAUAAUGUAUGAACUGCUUGCAUCUUAGCGUUGCAGCUUCUCCCACAUUGCAAAGCUCCUAUUUUGCUGUUUGACAUUUUUAUUGGGUUUAUUUUUUCUUCAACAUUCAGUUCAAGAGAAGUUCAGUUUGUUCAUCUUUUUACAUCUUGUAAGAAACCUGUUCUUAUAAUAAUGUAAAUAAUGUAAUAAAUAAAUUACUCA